UUACACGUUUAGCACGAACCUCCUCACUCCUUUGGAAAGAUUUACGCUUAAUUGGCAAGGUAUUAUUCACUCUAGAGCCAAACGAUUGUAAAAAUGAAAACUGUAAUCGAAGCAAAUAACAAGUUCGCUGUUGAUGUCCACAAAGCUCUGAAAAAUGACCCGCAAUUAAUUGGCAAAAACCUGUUUUAUUCGCCGAGCAGUUUGAGUAUAGCACUUGCCAUGACCUACCUCGGAGCAAAAGGCAACACAGCUGGGCAGAUGGCCAAGGCUCUCAAAUGGGACGCAGUGCCAAAGGAGCAGCUCUACACUGAACAGAAACACUUCCUAGAAGUUCUUCAAGCAUCAAACACCGCCAGCAACGAGCUCCUGGUUGCAAACCGUCUUUUUGUUCAGAAGGAUUUUAGCCUGGUGGAAGAGUUUGUAGAAGGCACAAAAAAGUGCUACGAUGCCGAGACAGCCCUGGUCGAUUACCAGAGAGAUGUCGAGGGCGCACGAAAGGAGGUGAACCAGUGGGUAGAAGAAAGAACAAAACAGAAGAUCAAGAAUUUAAUCGCCGAGGGAUUGUUCACCUCACGUACCCGGUUGACCUUGGUCAAUGCAAUUUACUUCAAAGGAUUUUGGCAAAACCAGUUCAAUGAAGAGGCGACUUACGGUCAGCAGUUCUUUGUUUCGGAGGGUGAAAAUGUAGAAGUACAAAUGAUGCAUGUUACAAAAAAGUUCAAACAUGUGGAAGAUGGUGGAGGUCUGGGAUGUCAACUUCUUGAGCUUCCUUACCAAGGAGAGGACCUCUCCAUGGUGCUGCUACUUCCUCAUGAUGUUCAUGGCCUAGCCAAGCUAGAGGAAGGCCUUACCCACGACAAGCUACAAAAGGCUCUUCAGUCGGUAGCCAAGUCACGCCCUUACAAGGUAGAGGUGUCCUUGCCGAGAUUUAAGCUGAUGCAGCAGUUUCUUCUUAACAAAGUCCUGGAAAAGAUGGGGGCAACAGAUAUGUUCAAUGAAUUCAAGGCUGAUUUUUCUGGGAUCAGCCCAGGUCCAGAGAAGCUCUAUGUGUCCCAUGUCAUUCACAAAGCAUUUGUGGAGGUGAAUGAGAAGGGUACAGAGGCUGCUGCAGCUACUGCUGUAGUCAUGAUGGGUCGAAUGGCUAUGCUAAAUCCAAUCUUCUGUGCUGAUCACCCAUUCCUAUUCGUGAUUUGCCACAAAAAAUCUGGAGCAAUUUUGUUCAUGGGCCGUCUGGUAAAACCAGAGGCAGAGUAGCCCAGUGUCAUGUCACUGGACAUGAUGUUGUAAACAUUGGUGUUGAUGUUCUGGUCUCAGAAGAUAAAUCAAAUAACUUUUGUCCAACUCAAAGAAACUUACUGAUGGAGACUGAUAUAUAGGAAAGAUCCAUGAAUAAAGAAUUAGGUAGUAAGGAAACAUUUUAAGAUAAGAAGUCUUUCAUUUCACUGAAUAAUCUUCAUUUGAUUCUUUAUUCUAGUUCCUCACACAAUUUUACUAUUGGGAAGGAGCGGGGUGAAAAACUAAUAAUAAAGAUUCCCACUGGACCAAACACAAUGAAUAAAGUACACAGUUAAUGUAUUUUCUGUGGCCUGUAUUAUAGUAUUAACUAUAGGUUAUGAACAUAUAUAUGAACUCAUCUUAACCUUGUAUUUGCCACAUUUCAGCACUUUAAAAUAAAGAGGAUGAUAAAAAGGGUGAAAA